AUGAGCAUGCUUCAAGCGGAACUCACUGAAACGACGGUUGAGGAUAAAUUAAGACGGAUCACCACAUUCUUCACGGCGAAAAGUUUUGAAGAUAUCAACAUGACCUUCGACCUUAAUGCAGACAUCAAUGUGGACAGAGGUUACUUUCUGGAAAUGAUGUCUGGAGCGCUCACGUAUCACUUUGGGAUUGAGACUGACGCUACUGCCUUGGAAAAUUUUCAAACGUUAGGCGACAUUGCAGAAUACAUCAACAGCAAUCAAUCGAUGUAG